CGGAGGGAGGGGACGGGGAGCUUAAACCGCAGCCACAGCUCCUCCGCCAUUCAGCCAGACUGCCGACUGAGCCUGGAGGGCCAGGACCGUUCAACUGCAAACCCAGAGCCCACCGCAAGCUUCCCCUUGUUUCUCCAGCAGCAGCUCUCUGUGAGACAACCCACACCGCAGCGACAAAAUGCGUGAGAUUGUGCACCUGCAGGCCGGGCAGUGCGGGAACCAGAUUGGAGCCAAGUUCUGGGAGGUGAUCAGUGAUGAGCACGGCAUCGACCCAACAGGAACCUACCACGGAGACAGUGACCUGCAGCUGGAUAGAAUCAACGUCUACUACAAUGAAGCUUCAGGUGGAAAAUAUGUGCCUAGGGCCAUCUUAGUAGAUCUGGAGCCAGGCACUAUGGACUCUGUCCGCUCUGGGCCUUUCGGACAGAUCUUCAGGCCAGACAACUUUGUCUUUGGUCAGAGUGGAGCGGGUAAUAACUGGGCGAAGGGCCACUACACGGAGGGAGCCGAGCUGGUGGACUCUGUUCUGGAUGUGGUGAGAAAGGAGGCUGAGAGCUGCGACUGCCUUCAGGGCUUCCAGCUCACACACUCUCUGGGUGGCGGUACUGGCUCUGGUAUGGGAACUCUGCUAAUCAGCAAGAUCCGUGAGGAGUAUCCAGAUCGUAUCAUGAACACCUUCAGUGUGGUGCCCUCUCCUAAGGUGUCAGACACAGUGGUGGAGCCCUACAACGCCACACUGUCUGUCCACCAGCUGGUUGAAAACACAGACGAGACUUACUGCAUUGACAACGAGGCCCUGUAUGACAUCUGCUUCCGCACCCUCAAGCUCACCACUCCCACUUACGGAGACCUCAACCACCUGGUCUCCGCCACCAUGAGUGGGGUCACGACUUGCCUCCGUUUCCCCGGUCAGCUCAAUGCUGACCUCCGCAAGCUGGCUGUCAACAUGGUUCCCUUCCCUCGUCUGCACUUCUUCAUGCCCGGCUUUGCUCCACUCACCAGCAGGGGUAGCCAGCAGUACAGAGCCCUCUCUGUGCCCGAACUCACUCAGCAGAUGUUCGAUGCCAAGAACAUGAUGGCCGCCUGCGACCCACGCCACGGCCGCUACCUCACCGUGGCCGCUGUGUUCCGUGGGCGCAUGUCCAUGAAGGAGGUGGAUGAGCAGAUGCUGAAUGUGCAGAAUAAAAACAGCAGCUACUUCGUGGAGUGGAUCCCCAACAACGUCAAGACAGCCGUGUGCGACAUCCCGCCCCGUGGCCUCAAGAUGGCCGCGACCUUUAUCGGCAACAGCACUGCUAUCCAGGAGCUGUUCAAACGCAUCUCUGAGCAGUUCACGGCCAUGUUCCGCCGCAAGGCCUUCCUCCACUGGUACACCGGCGAGGGUAUGGAUGAGAUGGAGUUCACUGAAGCGGAGAGCAACAUGAACGACUUGGUGUCCGAGUACCAGCAGUACCAGGAUGCUACAGCCGAGGAGGGAGAGUUUGAGGAGGAGGGAGAGGAGGAGGUGGCCUAAGGCUGAAGUCACUCAUUGUUUCUCAUCUGCACUCAUCAUGACUCCAUCCAACCAUCCAUCCACUCAUUCCGGUCCUACUCUGCUCUCUUUGUCUUUUCUUAGAGCACUGUCCCUUCCCAGUUUUCUUGUUCCUGUAUUUUCUUAGUUCUUCCCUUUUCUGUCUGCCUCUUCUUUUCUCCUCAUAUCUCUUGACCCCCCUGACCCCCUUUGCUGCCAGAGUAGGACUCACACUUCAAACAUGUAAACACAGUGCUCGUUUAGAGGUAGCUAACACACAUGUGUGCUUGUGGGUUAUUUGUCAAAUUAUUUUUAUUUUUGGGGGGUUUGUUUUGCUUAGUGUUUGUUAAUUAUCAUCGGUUAAACAAUUGCAUACCUGGAACACAUUCACUUCAUUCAAAUAUUAUGACUUGUGUAAUUUGGCAUCGAUUAAAAUACAUUUGUUGGAAAAACAUC